UCGAAUGUCAGGGUUCAAUCUUUGCCGGUUUAAUCAGCAAAUCACCUGACCGCGGAAAGUAAACAAAGCCAAGAGGUGUCACCGUGUUAAGCAUGGGAUCAUCUUCAGAUGCAAUCAAUUUGUUUGUUUUUGAAGCCAGUUUUCCGUAUUUGUUCAAACAAGCCAGACAAACUUUACCAAAUUCCAAACUCUGAACAUUGGCGGGAUUAAUAAUCACCUGGUCAUUCGAUUUGCGAAAGUUGUUCUAACAACUUUUAGUUUUCUCAAUUCUCAAUAGCUCAUCUUCAAUCAAUAGAUAUUGUGAAAUUGUGCCGAUUUUGAAUAUGCGCGGAAGGUGCCACGUUCUUUUUCUCUUCCUGAUUGUUUUCCCUGCUAGUGUAGAGGUCACGUGGGAAGAGACGAUGCCUGCACUCCAUUGGGAGUCACUGAAGUUCGCGUUGCCUUCCAACCACGACCCAGUUUCAGAGUCAUGUCUCAAUCUGAAAAAAAACUACUGUCUUCUGAAUUACCAGUUCGAGGUUAGCCAGGGGGACCAUGAGGCCAUGCCUGCGGACGAGUGGGCAUUCCAAGUCAUAGUCAGGCCACAGUUCCAGGAUAUCAACUGGCUCUCACACAGUCGAAGCGACAAGGGAGGCUGCUGCAAUUACCAGUCCGACCAGUACAAGGAGUAUGGCCAGAGAAUGGGACUGACUCCACUAGAGUACAUGGAGAAAAUGACAGACUACACGACAGACAAUAAACACGUCAACUUAAUCAAAGCCAAGUUUAUUCCCAGCCUCUGUGUGAACAUCAUAACUGAGAUUGGAUUUGGCCCGGGCAAUCUGAAAGUGUUCGGGCGGAUUACCGGUCACACUUUCCUCCUCCCAAUUCUCAGCCUCGGAGAGUUUGUCACAAUCCGAAAGGACGAUCUGCAAUACCACACCAAACUCACCUUCGGCUGGUUCAAAGAGAAUGUCAUGUGUUUUGACAAUCCCUGGAUCUGUGGCCGCAAACCUCCAGUUCAACAAGUUGAAGACCAACUAGGAGCACUUGAUAUCGGUUUGAGACGGCGCCGAGACGUACCAGAUGAACCCGUUCCCAAAUCCUUACUAAGCUAAAACUAUUGAACUAUGAGAUUGUACCUGUUGUAUAUGUUGAUCGAUUUUUUUGCAGAUGAUGUCAAUUUUCACAGUUAGU